AUGGACCUGCAUAAUUAUUUCAAGUAUAACGAAGUUUUAAUGAGUUUAUGCAGUCAGUGGCCGUAUCAAUCAGUUGUCAAAGCAAAAAUAAUUAGGGGUUUUUUUAUAUUGCAGCACAUAAGUAUUUGUAUACCAGAGUUCAUUAGAUUCAUAGAACUUCGCAAUGAUUUAGAUAAUGUAGUGACUUGCAUAAUACCAAUUAUUUAUAAUAUUGGUGUUUUUAUUAAAUUUUUGAAUGCAGUGAGAAAUAUGAACAAGAUUAAGAACAUUAUUGAAACAAUAAAAUGUGAUUAUACUGAGAUUAUUGAUAACGUAGAAGUUCAAAUUUUGCAUAAAUAUGCUUCGUUUGGCAAAUUCUUAACACUCGGAUAUAUUUCUAUGUGUGCUUUGACACUCAUCUUGUAUCUGGCAUUGCCUUUAUCACCAGUGAUUGUAGAUAAAUUGAAUCCAUUAGAAAAACCCCGCCCUAAAUCGUUAAUUUACAUGGUCCAGUUUUACGUUGAUCAAGAAAAAUAUUUUUACGUUCUUUUGUUACAUUCUUACAUCACAACAGCUGCUGGUGUGUUGCCUAUUUUGGCAACAGAUACUUUCUAUGCCAGCAUUGCUCAGCACGCGUGCGGCAUGCUUGCUAUUCUCGGACAUAGACUCGAAAAGGCAAGAUAUUCCGAGCUAAAUCAUGUCGAAAAAUCCGUAAACCAAUAUAAGGGAACAAUUUUAACCUGGGGUCAAUUACACAAUAUGAUAAGAUAUGGAAUGUUUACCGCGGCACAGAUGUUCCAUUUAUUAUUUUAUUGCUAUCAAGGUCACAGUGUUCUGGACAAAAGUUUAACAAUAAAUGAUAGCAUAAAUAAAUCUAACUGGUAUGGAUCGUCCAUCAGAACAAGAAAACUUUUGACUAUGAUGAUUAUGAGGAGUCAAAAGCCUUUGAAAUUAACCGCUAAAUUAUUUCCCCUUACUUUACCUCAUUUCACAUCGGUCUUGAGGACAUCCAUGUCUUAUUUUACUCUUUUAAAAUCAGUCCAAUAA